CGAGUGGGCGGGCAUUCGUGCCCGGAUGUAAAAUGGCCGCCACCGCCGCCACCGCCCGAAAGCCGCCGCCCGGGAGGUUACUCUAGGGCCUGCAGGUCCUGCCCGUUCCCGCGGACCGCCGUCGCCUCCUUACCAUGAAGCCAGUGAGUCGCCGCACCCUAGACUGGAUUUAUUCAGUGUUGCUCCUCGCGAUCGUGUUACUUUCCUGGGGAUAUGUCAUCUAUGCAUCGACUGUAGUCGCUCGACGACAGCUAAAGAAGAAAUACCCAGACAAAAUCUUCGAGAAUGAAUGAAUGAAAAUUUGUAAUUCCUCUAGAUUUUAUUCUAUGCAAAUACUUUACCGCUUGCUUAUUUGACACGUAUCUAGAUUUAAAGUAAAAUCCAUAAUACAAAGUUUCCAAAUUUAUUUUUGCAUACAGUCCUUUAUAAUAAAUCACUAAUGUGCUAACUUUUCAAAUACUUUUAAAUUCUCAUAUAACAAAGCAACCUACAUCUGACAGCUUUUGAGUAUCAGAUCAUAGAUGGAAUGACAUGCUUUUCUAUUUACAAUUUCUAAAAAACUUUUUUAAAUGCCUCAGAA